AUGGUCGCGCGUCGACCAAUUCUCGCUCUGCUGGUUUUGGCCUGUGCCGGCCUCUCCUUCCGAGCCUUCGUCGCCGCUCCGCGGCCUCGCGCCGCAGCGCCUGCGGCGCUGGCUACGGGUGCUUUGAUGUUCCCCACUAUGGCCUGGGCCGAGGAGGAGAUGGACGCGGCGACACGGGCGCUGAAGGACGCCACGGAGGAGACCUUCGGUGAGCGACCGAAGAUCGACCUGGGUGAAUACCGCGGAGACGAUUACUCCUGGAAUGCCAUUGGCUUUUUCGGCAUUGCCUUCAUCGUGCUCGUGUGCUACGAGUCAUGGAAAGACGAGUUGGGUGGGGGACUGGUCCCCAGCAACGUGAAGACGGAUGCCGAUGACUACUUCAAUCCGGACUUCGAUCCCUACAAAGGCAUGAACAUCAAGAAGGAGACCAAGGAGAAGGAGAAUGCCUGA